UUGGAAGUCACAUCGUGAUUGUUGUUGUUAGCAGAAGACGUAUCACAUUUGCAGGUAGUGUCAAGCAAGUGAGCAACCGGAAGUGCACUAAAACACGAAUUUCAAAUAAUAGAUUCGUGACAUCUACAUUCUACAUUGACCGAAGCAAACAGUUUAUGAGAAGCAAAAGUGAUCGAAAGUGUUUGAUGAUUUUCAAAUUACUAAGCUCAAAAUAAGUUGGUGUUGAUUUUAGUUUGAUACUUUCUUACUUUACCAGCAGUAGGCUACUCUCAGACUCAUCAUAAUAAUUGAAGAAUGGAUCUAACUGACAAUAGCUUGGUUGAAAAAUUAACACAGGCAAUUGAGAGCAUUGUUGGCUGUGGACUAAAACAGCCUGAUGAGUCAAAGAUGAAAGAUAUAAAAAAGAUUUGUCGAAUAUCAGACAUUUAUGUCAAAGAGGCCUACCAAAUUACAAUGCACCAACUUAAUCAGAAACAUUCAGAAGUUCGAUUAGCAUGUUUGCUUAUUUUCAAGGAAUUAUUUCAAAGGUCACAUUACUUUAGAGAACUAUUAGUUGCAGAUUUCCAGGACUUCUCAAAGUUAGUGUUGGAUAUAGAUGCCAGGUAUCCUCUACCACCUCCACCAGCAGCAUUAAAGCAACUGAAAGUAACUGCAAUGAAAACAAUCAAAGAGUGGUAUGAAGUGUAUGGAGAAGCUUACAAAAAGUUAAAAAUUGGAUACCAGUAUUUAAAAAAAAGUAAAGCUGUUGACUUUGAAGAUAUGGAAGCUAGAUCAGCACAAGAGAGAACAAGAAUUCAAGAAAAAGAAGAACGAUUGUUGGCAUUGAAGCAAAUUAAAUUAAAAACAUUAAUGGAAGAAUUGGCCAGUGAAGAGGCUGACUUGAUAGACUGUAUCACACAAAUUGAAAAUGGGUUUGAAUUGCUCUUCCCUGAUGAAUUUUCUCUCAAGGAACCCAGCAAAUGCGCAGGUCCCAGCGAUUCGGACACUCUUGAUUUCAGGGCUCAUGGAAUAACCAAUAAUGCUACUUUCAACCUUGUAAUUGAAGUCCAAACUACUCAAACCAUCCACGUCACCGAAGAUAAUCGUGAAAUUAUCAAAUGCGUGCAAGACCAAUAUCGAUUACUCACUAGCCGGUUUUUACCCGCAGUUUUCAAGUGGAAUAUUACAGCAGCAAAACUUGGAGCCGACGAAAGAUUGCAGAAAAAAAUUCUUGAUUUAAAACUGAAAGUUGAGUUGGCAAUAAAAAAGUAUCAAGAGCUUAAUCUUUCAAGUUGCAGUACUGAACUGGACAGUUCUUCGGAGUCGGAUUUAGAAACUGUAGCUGAUUUGAACAAUUAUGAAAACGAAGUUACCGAAGUAAUUAGUGACAAUAGUGAUGAACUUGAAGACAGCACACCGAGAUCAAUUAGAAGUCCAGCAAAAAAAAAGAAAAAAGUAGACAACGAAAGGAGACUACCUCUCGAUAUUGAUUCUUAUGCAAGUUCUCAAUCUAAUAUACCGGUACCAACAUUCUCACGAAAUCCGGUUGAAAGCUACUGGGUUCAAGAUCCAGAAAGCGGACUUGCAGCAACAGUGGACUUGGUUACUCACCCGGUAGAGUUAGGCGAAGCUUUCUGUCCAGUCAAAUGGUCUUGCCGGGCUCCAUUACCCAGUGGAAAACUUUGUCCAAGAAACGAUCGAAAAAAAUGUCCACUGCAUGGGCCUAUCGUAGCUCGGGAUGAACUGGGUCAGCCUAAAGACCCUUCGUCAGUCCGUUCAUCCAAGAAACCAUCUAUUCCUGAUUGGCAAGAGCCAGCUUUACUUGCUGAAAUUAAGGCUGCUACAGGUGUUGAUUUAACCAUCCCAACGAAAGGCAAGCGUUUAAAGAAAACCCAAUUUCCUAAUUUGACAGAUGUCAAGGCACUGAACAACACAUCAAGAUCCCGCCUGGAGAAAAAAGUGCUGAAAAGGAGUACCAUAAAGAAGAUAUCAAAGUAAUGAUCUUGGACAAUAAAGCUUGCCUUGGUGAUCAGGGGAAUUGCAAUUCAUUAUGUUGGAUAAAAUUAAGGGCCAAAAUGUGUGUCUGUAUUACACAACUAAUAUCCUGAAGUGCAAAUCAAUAAAACAGAAGUUUUGAUAAA